AUGAAUGGCUACGCGCUUACUGAUUGUAAUCUGCAAUUGUACAUUUAUAAGGAUGGAUGUGUAGCGGUGGUAUAUCACAAAAACGUGCAAACAUGUCAACUGUAUAAUCAUGAUGGCAGUGCCGAGAUUGUUUUUGCUGUUGGACAUGACUAUUACAACAGAACGAGUUUCAGUGACAUCUGUCAGGAUCGACAACAUAGGUGUUCAGCUGAGAAUGAAGUGAUUGGUUACUUUUUGGUGGAUGGCUUUAAAGUUAGUACAAGCGCUGAAUCGAGUCGUUUAAACGGUAUUGAACAAGCCAUGUGCGCUGCAUAUUGUACACAGAACAUCUCGGUCACUUAUAAACAAAAUAAUGGAUUAUGUUUACUGCACGAUGUGACACCAGAGCACGAUCCGAGACUGAUGCUGGAAACUGAAGGUUCCGCUGAUCGUGCUGGCAGUACGGUGGUCAUUGAAAAUGGCUGUGACCGUGCAACAAGAACAAUAUCGCGAGCAGUCGUUGAAUGGAGUGAGUGGAGUGACUGUGAGUUUGGUGUUGCUGGCGAACGGGCUCGUGUUAGAAGUCGUGAAUGUGCUCAACCAAUUUGUGCGGAUUUACAAGUUCAGAGUUGUAAUUAG